AUGCCGGCCAACUUUGUGCGCCUGACCUGGUUGACGCUGGCGAGCAACUACGUCAACGUCUUCCUGGUAUUCGUGCCGGCGGGAAUUGUGCUCGGUGCGAUGGACAGCAACCCGACGGCGAUUUUCGUGGUCAACUUCUUGGCCAUUGUGCCGUUGGCGGCGUUGUUGAGCUUCGCGACGGAGGAGUUGAGUGUGAAGCUGGGACAGACGAUUGGAGGGUUGAUGAAUGCGACGUUUGGAAAUGCGGUCGAGUUGAUUGUCUCCAUCGUGGCCCUCCAAAAGGGUGAAAUCCGCAUCGUCCAAGCCAGCAUGCUCGGCUCCAUCCUCUCCAACAUCCUUCUCGUGCUGGGCUGCUGCUUCAUCGCGUCAGGAGUACGCCGCACGGAAUCCUCCUUCAACGAAACCGUCGCCUCCACCAUGUCCUCCCUCAUGGCCGUGGCCGCGACCUGCCUCAUCAUCCCCGCGACCAUGUAUGCCGCGCUCUCCAAGUCCAAGGCCGACUCUGUCGAGAACAUCCUCGUCCUCUCCCGCGGCACCGCCAUCAUCAUGCUGGUGCUGUACAUCCUCUACCUCGUCUUCCAGCUCAAGACCCACGCUUCGCUCUUCGAUGCUGAGGCUCAAGACGGCGAGGACGGCGAGGGUUCCGAGCCGGAAAUCCUCGGCCCUGUUGCGGCGGGCAUUGCCCUGGUCCUCGUCACGAUCCUCGUCGCGGUGUGCGCGGAAUACCUCGUUGGCUCAAUCGACUCCAUCGUCGCCUCUUCCGGCGUAUCCAAGACAUUCAUCGGUCUGAUCCUCCUCCCCAUCGUCGGCAACGCCGCCGAACACGUCACCGCAGUCGUGGUCGCCUACAAGGACAAGAUGGACCUGGCGAUCGGCGUGGCCAUCGGAUCUUCCAUGCAAAUCGCCCUCUUCGUCACCCCAUUCCUCGUCAUCCUCGGCUGGGCGAUGGGUCAGGAGAUGACGUUGCACUUCAAGGGAUUCGAGACGGUGGUGUUCUUCUUGAGUGUGCUGGUGGUGAAUUACCUCAUUCAGGACGGCAAGAGCAACUAUCUCGAGGGAUGUAUGUGUUUGGGAUUGUAUAUUGUAAUUGCGUUGGCGUUUUGGGUCUACCCGGAAGAUGCGGGUGAUAUUGGAGGAUUGGUUGGUGGAUUUUUUCCUUGA